UCUGCUCGAGAUCCAGGCACGAAGAAUCGCAGUCGCGGCUUGAUAGAAGAUAGAGUAGCCACUACGUCGGCGUCGUAUACAAUUAGUUGCCCAGUUGUUUCUCUACCAAUUCCAAUUUCCCAGCAUGUUUCCAUUCCCUACGCACAUCGAGCUCCGCGUCCGAAAGGUUUCGCUGACCCCCCACGCGAUCGAAGUCGGCCGGCAGAGCACCAACUUUCUGCGCCGUGCCCUGGAGCCCGGGAGGAACGAGAGCUGCGCCUGUGUCCUGUUUCGCGAUGGGCUUGACACCGCACAACACCCCGCGUCGGCGGAGAACACGACGGAUUUCAGCCCACUGGAGCGCGUCGUCGGUUUGUUUCACGACAGGGGGAACAACCACAAAACAGGUGUGGCCCACACAUCAACUACCGGCCAUCAUGGCGAACAACAUCAAGACGGCACCAACCACGGCGAGGCCUGUUUUUGUGCGGAGUGGGACGAUAUCCUUUGCAAAAGUAUCGUACUCGUAUAAAUGCAUUACAAAUUUUCUCAGCAUGAGAAAUAAAAUUUGUAAUGCUGAUUUGCCUUGACAAAGAAAUGCAAGACCUGCAUUUAUACGAGUGCGAUACUUUUGCACAGGAUAGACGAGAGCAGCAGUGGCGGCGCCCGCGUGAUUCCGAUCAGAGGGCAGAAAACUGGCAGCGCAUCCUCGACCUACUUCUCCGCGUCUACUUCAUCUUCUUCGAGUGCAAGCAAGAUGUCCCGCACCGCCGUGAUUGGCGUGAUGGGCUCUGCGGGAACCUUGCUCGCUUCCACGCAGUUGCUGUUUCUCCACGACGCAACGCUGCGCUUCAUCACGAGUCCCCGCCCGUUGUUCCUGCAAAACGGCACAGCCGCCGGCAGUAUCGAGUGCGCCGUCACAUUGUUGCCGCCUCUCUCCUGUCUUCCGCCACUUUCGUUCGCGGAGGAGCAGCAGCUCGAACUGGAAAUCCUGCAAGGUACCAGCGGGGUACCAAAGCCAGCGGUUCGAGGCGCACGUCGAGGACAACAAGGUGGGAACAACUACAGCCCUGACGGAGAGCAGUACGCCGGCGGAGGUUCUUAUCCGGUCAACUAUAACGACGAUGACUAUGACGACCACGACGCGGUGGAACAAGACGAACAAGACGCAUUCUUUCGGCAAAAUUCGCAAAAAUCCACCUUAUCCGCGCGAGAACAACAAUAUCCCUCCCUGCCGUCAAAGCUGCUCCAGUUUGACCUCGAACCACCGUCGGGUGACGAACACGAUUGUCAGCUGUGCUUCUCCACCGGUUUCGUACCCUGCACGAAGUGCCAGGCCUGCGGCUACCUGGUGUGCACGGUCUGCGACGGCCGGGGUGUGUUAUCAACUGCAAAAGUAUCGUACUCGUACUAAUUGCAUUUAUGCAUUACAAAUCUUUUUCUCAAGGUAAAUCAGCAUUACAAAUUUAAUGCUGAGGAAAUUUGUAAUGCAAUUUAUACUAGUUGUGCGAUACUUUUGCACAGGAUACGUGUUUGCCUGCGAAAACUGCGACAACCGGGGAUACCUCCAGGAGGACGCCGCGGCGAUUGCCCCCAACUACCACGCCGUGCAAGCGGGCGGCGGUUCUUCCGGUGCGGGGGCGGGGGGGGCCCAGGCAGCUUCCGAUAGUAGCGUGUGUGCGGUCUGCGUGGUGGCGCGGCUGGGGCGGCGGUGGUGCGAGGACUGUUGGGGGGAGGCGAAGGCGUGCGCAAACUGCGUCGGAUAUCCCAGGGAAAAAAGCUGGCAGGGCAUAUCUGUAGUGCAAAUAAAAUAAAUACACACAAAAAUUUGCCAUGGGUGGCCCCAUAGCAUGCUGCUUCGGAUAUGCAAUACAGAUUUUUUUGCGUAUUUAUUUUUGCAUUACAGAUAUGCCCUGCCAGCUUUUUUCUGUGUGAUAUCGGACUGGGAAAAAUUCGGUGUCCUACAUGCUCCGGGACCACGAGAGCACGGUGUCCCCGAUGCUACGGGCUCGUGAAAAACGACGCGGAUUUGAAGAACAAAAAUAGCAUGGUCGAUCCGGUCACGGGCGAGCAUUAUCUGCCGACGUAGGUGUGGGGGCUUUAGUUGCAACUGCAAGAUGAAGUGAUUCCACAUUAGCAGUGCCACUUCACUACUUGGCACGACUUUAUUCAGAGUUUACAGAAGUUGUACAAUGUCGAUGAACUACUGUUGGUGUUGCAUCGAUAACAACACGAGCGUGAGUUUCUCGUUUGUUGUAACGAACCAAGUUCAUCAUCGCCCAAAAAUCACGAAAGGUUGACUUGUUUCGAAAGCAGUGAAGAUGUGCGAAAGAUUACAU